AUGCAGUUUGUGGAAAGGCGGGAUAAGAAGAAGGAGAUUAACGUGCCCCAUACGAGCGACUAUUCGGACUUGUUUGGAGAUGAUUAUCUCGUGGGUAUUGACUUGAAGUGCGUCACGAAGAUGAAGGAGGAGUCGGCAAAGGCUGCAAAGGAGGCGGAGAAGAUUCACGCAGAGCAUGAGGCCCAACGGCAAAAACGCUUGAAGGAGGCUGAGGAAAUUGCAAGGGAGGCGGCCGAAAUGAAGCGCAGGGGAGUCAACCAAAAGGAAACGAACGUGUGGCGUCUGAAGGCUACAGAAAAGGACUGGGUUGCUGUUGACAUUCCUACGAAUGCCCUCACCCCGAGCGAGAGAGCGCAUCUGAAAGCAAGUUCGUCCUCCGCACAACCAUCGCGUUUGGGUGUCGCGUCUAACAGUGGCAUCACCAAAGUCUCCAAAGCGAAACGAGAAGCACUUGGCGCAGCCGAAAUAGCCAAGAAGAAGGCAGCGUUAAGGCAGUCAAUUCUUGCGGCAACGGGUGGUGCUAAGCCAGCGAGAACGAACCGUGUACGGUCCGUGAGCAGCUCUCCUGAAAGAAGACCUAUGCCGUCUGGAAAGCGAAAGAGAGCACUGGAUGAUGAUCGACGCAGUCUUGAUCGGCGAUCCGGAGAUAGACGUCCUGCCGAGCGUCGUUUAGUGUCCGACCGCAAAUACGACCGAUCUGCGAGGGACGACCGGAGACCAAAGAAGCCACGUUAUGAUGAUCGAAGCAUGGGAUACAAUAGCGAGGAAUGGGGCGACGAAUUAGAUGGCGACGAUGACGACAACGACGAGGACUUGUUCGGUAUCGAAGCUCUGGAUAGGGAGGAGGAAGAAAGUGCUCGUCUGGCCGCCAUUGAAGAUCGACGAGAGUUAAGACUCGACGCUCAACGGAGGAAGGAAAAGAAGCGACGACGAGAGGAGUACGAAAGACGUCGCUGA